ACAACACUAGUUUCGUUCGGCGAAUUUUGCACGACAAGCGUUUUACCGGUUACGACGUAACGGGAGAAAUAUUUAAUUUCGGACCAAAAAUAGACGAAUUGUGCGGCAGCCGUCAAGGCAAAAAGUAUGCUUUCCUCCAGAAGACGACCGAAAAAUUCGCUUCUUGGCGUACGUGUCUGUGCUCCUUGGAAAGAUGGAUUCUUUUAUUCCGGCGUGAUUGAGGCAGUGAAAAGCAAGCCUACCGGCGAAAAUACUUACACCAUUCUCUUCGACGAUGAUUAUAUAGCUGAGGUGGACGAAGGAGAUAUCGUUGGACCUGGAUUCAGUACAGUUAGUGCUUCGUCCCUGAAAACUGGACAACAUGUUUACAUCACGUACAAGAAUCGAGAACUGAGCGCUCGGGUGCUCAAAACCCGGUCAGAGUUCAACGAAGUUUUGGUGCAAAUUUUGGAUUCUCAAGACACGAUUGUCGCUGUAAGACCAAAUGAGAUCUACCUUACGAAGGGAGAGAAGUUCUCUUCAGCAACGGUGGAUCCUGAGUGUGUUAACGGUUCCAAAUCGACCGUGUCAUGUCCAGUCCCGUGCAAAAUAAAAGCACAUGGAAUAAAAUCGUGCGAAGGCUGCAUGAAACGACAAGAAAACGUUACAAGGAGUGAAGAAAUGGCUGCUCUUGUUCUGACCGCCCUGUCUAUCUCACCAGUUUUCAAAGACAUGGACCAAAUGGAAGAGACGUGCUUCGGUUAUCCUCCAACGCCAGACUCUGGUUCCGAAAUGGCACCGUUUCCAAGCCCGCGUAAUUCGCCGGUCCAUUCCACUUUUCCCGUUCACCCAAAUGAUUCAAACUUUUUCAUCAACGGUCCCCCUUCACCCGUUGAUGAGGGAAUUGGAGUGGAUUUCCAAAGGCAGGACAACUCUCGCAAGAGAAAGGCGUCAACCUCGUCGAAUUCAAGUCUGAAGACUUUGUACAAAUGUACAUGGCCUGGAUGCGGGAAAACCCUUUCAACCGCCCCCGGAAUCAUUCGUCAUGUUCGAACGAUCCAUCUUGGGCCUAAACGAGCUACAGAGGAAGGAUAUAGUGAUGGAGAAGAGGAUUUUUACUUUAACGAAAUAGACUUAGACGAGGAUGAAUGUAACGACAGUGUGUUCCCGUCGCCUCUGGCGCUGUCUCCAACACCAACUCAAUCGCACUUUGACAUGGUAAAGAGUCCUUGGACUGAACCGGGCGUUGAAACUUGUCCAAGCGGUUACGACUCACUUCAACAUCCUCGCUUCAAUUGGGAUGUUCAGACACUCGCUCAUCUAUCGUAUGCACCGGCUACAAAGGCAUCAAGCGGCAAGACCAGUCCUCCUGCGAGAGUUCAGCACCACUCCAACCACCAUACUCCCUUACGAAAAGUCCGAGGCGAAAGUAAGAAAUGCAGAAAGGUUUAUGGAAUGGAAAACAGACAUCUGUGGUGCACCCAGUGCCGGUGGAAAAAAGCUUGCGUACGAUUCGCAGACUAAACGGACAGAACUUAUCCAUUUUACAGCACCAUGCAGAUAUUAUAUUUAUAGCACGUUCGUAGCGCACGGAGUAGCGUGCCUUGAGACAAAUGAAGAACAUGUAUAUAGAUUAAAUAUUUUAUAAAAUCAUUAUAUUUUUUAUAAUCGCAGUCAGUCGAUGUAAGACAUCUUCUGCGAGCGGAAAGAAGAGAUUCAGUCGUUUUACAUUGAUUAGAGAAAAGCCGGACGUAUACAAGAAGAAUCGAAGAUUCGUGUUUUAACACAUGCAUGGUGCAAAAAUAUUUUGCGACUUGUUCAUGGUUGAACAUAUAUAUACUAUAAAGAAAACACUUAUAACCUGUCUCAAGAAUGGUAACUUAUCGUCAGAUGGAAAUUCCAUCGAGUUAAAGUUAUAUAGAUAUCUGGAAGUUUACAGAAAAAAAAUAUUUCCAAUAAAUUUGCUAUGGGGGUUUUUACAGUCAA